CACGUUUUUAGUUUUGAAACAUACUCAUUCUCAUUAAGUUGGUGAUGUAGAUACUCUAGCUCGUCUUCUUGUUCUUUAGAAACAAAUAUAGCAUUGCGACGAGUAGAUUCGUGUCAUCAUCAUAGUAUUGCGACGAAGUGCAAGUGCUGCAUAGUGAAAGCUCAUCCAUCAUUACUUGAUACAUAGCAUUUCUUCUUGCAAAAUUCGUGAAAGCAGUAGCUAGCGCCCUCGAUGUUCCAAGCUGAAGAAAACUGCCCCGAUGCCAGGCAGUUACAAGACCACUGAGACAGCGCAAGGUGCAAGAAAAUAGUCGAAACGUAGACCUCCUGGAUGCAGAGUUCAUCUUCGAGGAUAGCGCCACCAGUUGUGAUGAGACCAAUGGGCACGAUUUUGAAGCGAACUUCUUAUAUAAUAAUCAACUCCUGCUACUUCGCAUACGUAUAAGCGUCUUCAGCUCGACGCAGUGGCACACGAAGCGCUGAAUGGCGACGUAAUAACCUCGUAUUCGGGUCAAAAGCGUUCUUGAAAUCAUGGCGGCGACUCCGCCUCCAGGCGAGAGCGGUGCGGCGGAUAAGGACGGCGAAAGUCCGCUUCCGUCAUGGGAGAAGCUCGAUUUCGGUGCUGGACUGCAGGAAUUAACGAUACUGAGGGCUAUUGAAGAGUACCUAUCCUACCACGGCUUCGAAAAGUCCUUGAAAUCCCUGAAAAAGGAAGCUGGUUCAACGCUCAACUCCAUGGGCUAUAACGGCGCUGCAACAGCAUGUUCCCCUGAAGCGAUGCUGGAAGCUUUUGACGAAGGUACCUACGAAUCCAUUUUCGCACUCCUACCGCUACCAGCGCGGUCUUUGCACGAAGACCCUUUGUUCUUAGCACCCCAAGGCUAGGGCUAGGUAAGAGCAAGAAUUUCUUAACUUCAUCCUCCGUUCUACUACUUAGUCUUAGUUUCACUGGUGAGCCAAUUUUUGAUCAAGACUGUACAAAACUCUUCAGGUAAUGGCCACAGUUUUUUUCGAAUGUGGAGGAGAUUAGAUACGAAUCGCGCGCACGGCUCGCUGGAAUUACGUUUGCGUGUCCAUUUUGCCAUUCUCCCAAUGAGAAAACGGCUUCAAAACAACGAAAAAUUUCCGCGACAAAAACAGGGGGAAUUUGAGGAGCUCAAGGACUACCUUGCGGAACACCAGGAUGAAAGCGGUAAAUCUUCAUUCAGUUGAAACGGUAUAAGACGAUUUAGAAACUACAGAUUCAAGUUGUCUCUGUCACGCUUACGCAGGGGUAUUUCAUCCGUAAUACGACUAACUACUUGCUUACGUUUAGGGCGUCCUAAUAAAUAUGAUAUACUGCUCCUGCUCAUGUUGAUGAAGAUUGUGCAAGUCAUCACAUCUUCUCUAUCAGGUUCUCUCGUUGCCUUUUACGCAUUGCCAUUUGUGCCAGCACCACAUCAACAUCCGGAAUUGAAACAUAUUUUCACCCGCGCAUGGUUAGACGAACUACGAUCAGACACGCUUCGCGUUCUCCGGCAGUUGUGCUCUCAGCAAAAGGCUCCAAGGUUUGAGACAGUCCAACCUUUGAACUUGAUGCACGCCUGUAAUUCGAUUUUGGCUCAGUUAUAUUCAUGUUCUUCUCUCCUGUCUUGUACCAUGACUACCCACAAGAGGACCGAUCAUGAUCUCAUAAGACUCGCAUCAAAUAUUUGUUUCACCCCUUUCAGGGCUCCGUUUCUGUAUGCCUUGGUCGAAGGUCCCAUCAGCGGCAGCAACAGUGCCUUGUACCCUGUGCGCGAAUUGAUCCAGGUCGCUGAGCUUGCAUUGAAAGCGCUGAAAAACGAGUCGACCCCAAGCUCAUCCAGCACUUGUGCGCAACCGAACGUGGGUCCUCCUCAUGGUCAUGGUAGCAUGUCGAGCCAAAAUCAGUUGCAACCGCCGGGCUUGGCAUCGUCAGGCUCGUACCACGUCGGGAAUCUCGUUGGCCACCGGGACGCCCCGCCAAAUGCGUCCACGACUACUGCAGCACUGCAGCAGUUGCAGAACGACUUCAGUAGUGCUAGUCAGCAUUCGGGAUCCGCGUCCGCCUCUGGCGGCUCAGCUGUGGGUGGUCAGGGAUGUGGUGGCCCAGUAGCUGGGGCGGGGGGACGCUCGGCGGGAGGCGGCGCGUCAUCCUCGUCGAGCCUUGAAGUUCAUGAUGAUUUGCGGCGUCGGUUAAGUCAAAUCAUGGAGAAGAUGUCUUCGCUCGGCAGUGCGGGCCGAAUAUCGCGCGAGACGCGAGGUGAGAUGAAAAGUCGUGGCGGGCAUUCACGCGGUGUCGCUUCACGCCAGAGUCUCUACAUUAAGGCAACCUCGAGAAAUGAUUAUUAUCGUCCUUUAUAGCGAUAGAAGCAGAAGUGGCCUGGUGGUAGAUGAUGAUGAGAACAUUUUUUUUGAUGAUCUGUCUGAUUCUUACUAGCUUCCACGAAAGUCGUGAUACGUUUCUUGUUCUAGGUUGUGAAUUGGGUAUGUAUAUGCGUGAUAUCGACAGCAUUCCGAUUCCGGAAGCAAAACCUUCUAAGCAUUGUCGUUAUGGAGCGCGACCAAAGGGGUCACGGCAAAGCACUCUCUACAGUCGAUCCAGCGGGCGGAGUACUUUCCAGCCGUCGCUGAUCGGUCCGUGCGCAAGGUUUGCGUUCGGACGCAUUCGUGACGCAUUGAAGGCACCAACCAGCGACAAGCAGGAGCUCUUCGUGUCCAUUCUGAAGCACUGUUGCUCUGCCUUCGACCCUCUCGCGGAUCGCAGAGCGUUUUUGCACGGCGUGUGCUGCUUCGACGUACUUUGCGUAAAUCCAAGGGCACAAACCUCUGUGUCGAAUUCCCCUCCAAACGGCCUAGUCGUCGACCCACAGGCUGAUGGUUCGGAAGCUUUCGACACCUUCCUGGAGUUUGAUGCUUGCAUUGCGCUCAUCGCCGUGAUCGCAUGUGAAGCAGGAGGUCGCUACUACUUGGGACAGCGAGCGAAAAUGUUGGUGCGCGGUCUGAUGCAGCAUUUGGGUCGGUCCGAUAACACGGAGUUGCAAGGUCUCGUCGCUUUGCAGCGCUUGUCCCUCUCGCAGCGGAUGCAGGAAGCCAUGAUCGCGGAGAAUCUGAUGGCAUGGAUCUUAGGAGAAUUCCGAGAGUUCAUUUUGUCCUCCCUGGCUUUUGGUCCACCAGCAGGAGAUCUCCUGAAUCAGGUCUCCGCAUCGGCGCCAGGGUCCAGUGGUAGUGCUGGUAGCAUGAAUAACGCGGGGCCCUUGCAGCACCAAAACUUCGUUGGUGGCAUGGGAGUGUCGUCAACAUCAUCGCUGCAAUGCGGGCCGCCUGGUGUUUCUUUGUCAACAGAGUUUACACCAGGUCAACUAGUGACGACGUCAGCGGGUGGCGGAACCACGACAACGCAGACCACCGCAGGCCUAGACCCCGAUGUCCUGCACAACGCGUUUCAGCAGGUCGGUCGCUUUGUCAGAGACACAGCAGAGCAGCAGUACUACAGCCCUCCAGGGACGAUGACCAUAGCAGGAACGGGGGCUCCAGGUAACUCUACAGAUGGCAACAUCAAUUACAACAUGGGGGUUGUUGGCGGUUCCUCGGCGUCCUCAUUUUCGGGCGGCGGAUUUGCGGCGCAGCCUCCUGGUGUCGGUGGCUUGGUCGACGGUGGAAACGGUCCUCUUGGCGACGCUGGCAUACCAUCGCGCACCAGCAGCCAAGAGAACAGUUUUGACGCCGCAGGCAAGAUCAGCGAAAUCACGCUUGAGUUCGGGUCUGCCUUGCUGAUGAACCUAGCGUUGAGGAAAGAAGGGAAAACCAGGCUUGAGAAGGUCCCGGGAGUGGUGCCGGUCUUAGCGGCGCUCAUGCUUUCACCUCACAUAGAAGCCCAGGUGCGCACCUACGCCAACGGGACUCUUUACUCCCUUUUAGGCCGGUCUUUCUUUCGGCAGCAAGCCGAGGCAAUCGGUUUCCGGCAGAUUUUGCAGUCCUUGCUGGAUGAAAGCCGCAAGGCAGGUGUGAACAUGAACAAUGGCAGCACACCGUCAGGCUCGUCUUCUGCUGGAAUGUCUAGUAACGGAGCCCCACAACAGCAAGAAUUGAAUGCGUUUGGAAGGCAGAUAGAGUGUCUCCUUGAGCAAUUUUCAAAAACCCCGGAUGCCGCGCAACUAGAAGAAGAGGAAGAGGAAAUUGACGAGGGCGAUGAGGAAUGCUUUCUCGCGGAAGAGGAGCUUUCGGCAUGGGUCAUUCCACCAAAUAGUUAAGGCUCAGCAGGUUGUGAAAAUUCGGGUUCAGAAUACUCCAUGUAUCAUCAUGUCUAGAUACUUCAUCUUCAUCAACAUCACUUUCAUUUUAUCCGGCACUCAAGAAUACGAAAAUCAAUUGAUAUCAACAUGUUGAACAGCAGGCCUAGAACUAGACGUCUCUAAAUCAGCAAAGCGUCACUUCUGUCGGAGCAAUUUACUCUGAGUGCCGACUCUGCGACGUACCAAGAUGGUCAAAGGGCGUUCGCUGCAUUUUUGGAGAACAUGCAGCGAACCAUUCGCGAUGCGCGAGAAAGCGCCCAGGCACGAAGAAGGCACCUGUUGGGCAACGAGGGUCCAGGAAUCAACCCUGGUGGCAUAAGCAUCACUAUCGGUGGAAUGUCCUCAAGUACAGCUCCAGGAGGAGCUGGCUCUCAACAUAUGAUGGCCCCUGGAUCGGGUGGCGGACAUCCAGGAUCUUCCGGGGGCAAUGGUGCUGUGGUGUAUAGCUACCAUGGGGGAUCUACUCAUUCCUAUCAUCCCGGAGCGUCACCAACUCGAACCAAUUCGCAUGGCGGGGGUGGCGGAUCAGCAGGAGGCUUCCUAAACGGUUCACUCUUAGUGGGUGGUAGUAGCGCGACCUCAUCACAUUCCGCCUACAACCUGGGUGGUCAACAUCUUCACGGGGGCUCAAGUGGUAAUGGUGGUGUAGCCUCGUCAUCUUCGAAUAGUGGGGGUAGCAAUGAUUUUCCACCUGCGUUUCAGCAUCCGCCUGGUGUUGGCGAUCUUCCCUCGUCAUCGAGUAUCCACGGGGGACCUAGUACGCUUCCACCAGGCCAAGAUCCGCAGCAAUUUGUCUUGGCGCAACACCAGCAUCAUCCGGGACAUCACAGCAGCAGCUCAUCGUCCGGCAACCCGGAGCAAGGUGGUGUGGUCACUUCUGCUCGCACGAGUCACGGAGGUGCGCCCUCUUCCCUGCAAGUCAUCAUGAACACGUCGGCUAGAAACCAGAGUGCGUUCGGAUCGCAAGCAAAAACCGUAAUCCAAGGAAGCACCCUGAUUGCAAACUCAACCGGACUUCUUGUGAACUCUAUGCGGACGCGUAACAGCAAUCAAGGUGGCGUGUCCGCGACGGGUGGAGCCGCGCCACUAACAGGCCUCUUUAGCCCACCGGCCAGUACACCGGAACCACCCUCCGCGGGUGCCGGGAAGAAGAAAAGCUACGGUUCUGGUUCUACAUAUUUGUAUUUGAUUUGUGAGUGUGAGCCCAGCAGAGCUCAUUGUGACAAGAGCUCGUUGAGAUAACGACCCUAACAAGACAGUCUCACUAGAAACAUGAAAGCAAAUAUCAAGCUUUUGUUCAGACAGGUAAAGGACACUAUCUCUAUCACUAUUCGUAUUUUUCACAGGUGUCGGCGCAUCCUCUGCGAAGGAGCAGAGCGGGUUGAGCGCCAAGUCUAAGCAGAAAGGGGGUCCUGCAAAACAAUCACUGUCUUCCAGAAAAGACCAACCUGCGCCGAAGGAACGGUCGAAGCCGAGGAGUAGCUUCUUCGGCAUCGGGCGGUGAGAAGUUUUUGGUGGCUCCUGAAACUGGAAAUUACACACGCCAUGCUCAUGCGGCUCGUAAAAAUCGUGUUAGAAAACUAUUCAUCUUCCUUCGUAAAAUCAUUGGUUUCCAUGGUGCAUGCGUCAUUUAAAAGGCUUGGCGAAUUCUUCAUUAUUCGCCGUCAGUAAAUAUUCGCAAUUACAACUUCUUUUUCUAAACCUAUUUCGAGUCCUAAUCGGAAACAGAAAACCUAGUAGAGCAUAACUACUUCCAACAGUCUACCUCGAUUUCUACCUGAGUACUUGAUCAACAGAAUGAAUCACAGAACUGCAAGCAAUCCCAAGGCCAAUGAUUUCCUAGCACCUUGCGCCUUAGUUAGUCACGCCACUCAGAGGACUCUAGUUCUUUUCCUCAUUCAAGAACUCUUUUUUGUGUUCCGCACAUGACAUGACGUAAGUUAGUAAACCAUUUCCGCCAGGCCAGGCUCACGUAAAGACAAUGUCAGCACGACCUUCGGAAUCUCAUAGCUUUAGCGCAACUUCCUAACCACAGUGAUAACUUCUUACCACCACGUUCUUGCAGUCUUAUUAUUUGUUGUU